UCACUUUGCGUCUUCUUCAACUCACUCAAUUGUUCAUGCACCCUCUCCAAAACUAACACUUCACAGAGGAGUACCGUUCAAUCUUCUCCUCUGUUGCUGUUCUAGAGAGAGAGAGAUCCUCUCUCCACUGCUUCCGUCGAAUUAAUUUCAGACGGAUCCGCGUGGAUUGGGUAGAGUUGUGGAUGGAAGGAGCUAAAUCAUUUUCUCUACCAAUUGAGUAUCUGAUUUGAAGGGAAAGGCGACGAGGAGGAAGAGCUGGAGUCGGUGCAGGACACACAGCCGUUGAAGUCUGGUGGGGGGAACGGCCAGAUUCGAUUUCGUUCGCCGUCGGCUGCUGAGCUUUUGGAUGCGCAGCAGCAAGUUCAGAUGGAGAAGGUUUUGAAACGAAACCGGCAGCACGAGACCUUUUCUGACAAGUUCCAGAGAUGGCGUGGUGCGAUGCUAUUGGUUUUUGUCCCUCUCCUGCUGAUCUCAUUUGUGCUAUUUCUCAUGCCCUCGAAUUCGUCUCCCGAUUCUAUCUCUAGAAAGUUCGCUCCCAACUUCAUGUCUAAGAAAUAUGCGGUCAUCUUUGAUGCUGGAAGCUCUGGUAGUCGGGUGCACGUCUUCUGCUUUAACAAGCAGCUAGAUCUUGUUCCUAUGGGUGAAGAACUUGAGCUGUUUGAGCAGCGGCAACCGGGUCUGAGUGCGUAUGCAAAGGACUCUGAGGCUGCUGCAAGAUCACUCUCAGAUUUACUUGAAAAGGCUGAAGCAGCAGUUCCUCAAGAGCUGCGGUCCAUUACUCCAGUUAAAGUUGGGGCUACUGCUGGUCUAAGGCAGUUGGAAGGUGAUGCAUCUGACAGGAUUUUACAAGCAGUGAGGGAUUAUUUAAAGAAAAAAAGCUCCUUUAAGUCAAAGGCUGACUGGGUCACAGUUUUGGAUGGGAACCAGGAAGGUGCUUACCAAUGGGUGACCAUUAACUAUCUAUUGGGAAAUUUGGGCAAAGAGUACUCAAGUACUGUUGGAGUGGUUGAUCUUGGGGGUGGCUCUGUUCAAAUGGCAUAUGCCAUCUCAGAGUCAGAUGCUGCUAAAGCUCCUAAGGUGUCUGGUGGAGAGGAGUCCUAUGUGCAACAAAUGUAUCUCAAGGGAAGAAAAUAUUAUCUCUAUAUUCACAGUUACCUACAUUAUGGUUUACUGGCUGCUCGAGCUGAGAUUUUAAAAACUACUCAAGACUCUGGGAAUCCAUGUAUACUGGAGGGCUAUGAUGAUUUUUACAAAUAUGGCCCAACAGAGUAUAAGGCUUCUGCUUUGCCCUCUGGUUCCAGCCACAGCAAAUGUAGGGAGGCAGCUAUAAAGGCUCUAAAAGUCAACGAGUCUUGUACCCAUAUGAAAUGCACAUUUGGGGGUGUUUGGAAUGGCGGGGGAGGUGAUGGCCAGAAGAAUUUGUUUGUGGCUUCAUUUUUCUUCGACAGAGCCGCUGAGGCGGGUUUUGUUGACCCAAGCCUGGCUGUUGCCACAGUUCGUCCAUCUGAUUUCGAGGAGGCAGCUAAACAAGCUUGCCAAACUCGUCUUGAAGAUGCCAAAGUUACAUAUUCUCGUGUGAAACCAGAAAACCUUCCGUUCUUGUGCAUGGACCUUGUUUAUCAGGUUACUCUGCUUGUGGAUGGAUUAGGCAUUGAUCCCUGGCAAAAGAUUACAUUAGUGAAAAAAGUUAAAUACCAGAAUUCACUGGUCGAAGCAGCAUGGCCAUUGGGCAGUGCCAUUGAGGCUGUGUCGUCGGCCACCUAACUACUACGUCUUCCCGGCUAGAACAUCAUAUUGAUCUGAGUGCAUAUUCUGCAACUGGUUUGCGAGUAUAGCUUUUGGAAUCGGACUUUUUGGUAAGAAAUUUGUGAUUCAAUAUAUUCGAAGUUUAUUUUUAGUUAAAGAUUGAAAAAUAAGUAUUUGAAACUUAGGAAUAGCUUAGUGAAAUUAUUACGGGUUUUUGUGCACUGUACUGAUAAAUUCAGCAUUUUUUUGUCGUGUUAAUGAAUUCGCCAAUCUUUUAUUGAGCUUGAUUAUUUUUGCUGCA